AAGAUGACUGUCAAAUUUUAGUUGACUAGCGGAUAGGCAUCGUUGUUGGCGAAUUAUUUAUUGUGAUUUUAGUUUUAUCUCCGUUUGCUGAAGUACCUGGGUAUCUUCAAUAUAAUUUUAGUUGAUUAAGCAACAGAUCAACUUAUUUUCAAGAUGCCUAGCCAAGAAGUAGUGACCACAAAAGUGGUUGUUCAUCCUCUAGUUUUACUUAGUGUCGUGGAUCAUUUUAACCGAAUGGGUAAAAUUGGGAACCAGAAACGUGUAGUAGGUGUCCUACUUGGUUGCUGGCGAGCUAAGGGUGUCCUGGAUGUAUCGAACAGUUUUGCAGUUCCAUUUGAUGAAGAUGACAAGGAUAAGUCUGUCUGGUUCCUCGACCAUGACUACCUGGAGAACAUGUAUGGUAUGUUCAAGAAAGUUAAUGCUAGAGAAAAGGUAGUAGGCUGGUACCACACUGGCCCAAAAUUACAUCAGAAUGAUGUAGCUAUCAAUGAACUGGUCAGGCGUUACAGCCCUAAUUCCGUUCUAGUCAUCAUUGAUGCUAAACCAAAAGACCUUGGUCUUCCUACUGAGGCUUACCGAGCUGUAGAAGAGGUUCAUGAUGAUGGUAGCCCAACAACCCGCACCUUUGAACAUGUACCCAGUGAAAUUGGUGCUGAAGAGGCAGAGGAGGUUGGUGUUGAACAUCUACUGAGAGACAUCAAGGAUACAACAGUCGGAAGUCUCUCUCAAAGAAUCACCAAUCAGCUGCUUGGCUUAAGAGGCUUACACUCGCAGCUGACUGAAAUUAGAGAUUAUUUGCUUCAAGUUGGCCAAGGUUCCUUACCUAUGAACCAUCAAAUCAUCUACCAAUUGCAAGACAUAUUUAACCUGCUUCCCGACAUUGCCAAUGACAAUUUCAUUGACAAUCUGUACAUCAAAACUAAUGAUCAGUCUCUUGUUGUGUACCUGGCUGCUCUUGUAAGGUCAAUCAUUGCUCUACACAACCUUAUCAACAAUAAGAUCACUAAUAGAGAUGCGGAAGAAGGCAAGAAAGAAGAGGCAAAGAAGGAAAAGAAGGAUAAAGAAGAUAAAGAUGAGAAGAAAACAGAAGAUAAAGCGAAAGUUGAUAAAAAAGAUGAAAAGAAGAAGUAAUUUAGAAUGAGUGUUAGAUUAAGUUGUUUGUAUGCUGAAUUAUUUUAAAAUAAAUUGUAUUUACUAAUUUCAAA